UACUAAUUUUUGCUGAGUUAGGUAGCUGUUUGCAAGUGAUCAGCACCACCAUGGAAGUCAACAUGGAUAAGAAGUACGAAGAAGAUUGGAAAAAUUUUUGCGACCAUGGAGAUAUAGGGGAUGACUGGUGCAGCGAAGAGGUUGUUCAAGCCAUUUUGACCUGGAUUAAGACCAACAUCGAAUUUGAUGACCCUAUUCUCGACAUAGGAUGCGGGAAUGGUGCUUUCAUUUUUCAAAUGUUUCACAAGGGAUAUACAAACGUCACCGGAAUUGAUAAAUCUCCAAAUGCCAUCAAAUUGGCCACAGAAAUUUCACAUCAAGAGUGUGUCAAAGUUAGGCUUGAAGUUUGCGACGUGCUUGGUCCAGUUCCCUCUGAUACUCCAGAAUCCCCGUUAAACAAAAGGUAUCGAUUGGUAUUGGACAAAGGUUUGUAUGACUCUGUCGUUCUAGACACAAGCGAAGGGAGCUCCCAAACAAAAAUAGAACAGUUUCGCGAUAAUUACGUAAAAAGGACGUACGAACUUCUUCAACCCUGUGGGAUCCUGUUGGUAGCAACGUGCUGUCAUACUGAGGAGGAAAUGAAGAAAACAAUCGGCAAAAAUGUUUUUGGUGUUCUUGAGGUGCUUCCAACUCCCGUUUUCGAAUUUGGAGGAAAGAAAGGACAUAACGUAACUGUCGUCGCGUUUCGCAGAAAAGACUGACAGAAGAAACAGCCGUGAUAUUUCUUUGCUAAAGAAUCAGAUGCACAUCGAAAUUAAGGCAUCAAUAAAAUACAUUUCAUUUACGACCAUUUAAUGUACCAAACGCGUUACCUUAUUCAAGAUUUUAUAAAAUUACAAAAAGGUGGUUUCUUUAAAAGUACGAAGUCCGGGAAUGUGCGAAUACAAUUAAUAUUGAAUGUA